AUGAGUCAUCUUGAAGGUUUAAAUCAAGAGCAGCUUGGAGCUAUUGAAUGGUUUGGCAAGAAAGGUUUCACAAAGAAAGGAAUCUUUAUCAGAUGCGAAAAAGCUGAAGCUACAAAGGCUGCAUUAAGCAAAUAUGGAGGCAAAGUUCCACAUCUCCCAGGCGAAGAUCCAUCUGUUAAGACCGAAGAUGGUGUUCAGCUCGAACUUGCAGUUCAACUUUAUGUUCCAGAGCUUCCAGAGAAUGUCCAGCGCUUACUUCCACAAGAACUUCAGGACGCAUUAAUCCUCCUUUUCAUCAAUACAGAAGAUUCACCAGAAAAUGGCCCAAUGCCAGUAAGAAUCUAUCAUAAAGAUGAUAUUUCAAAACUCGAACUUGCAGAUGCUAAGGAAGAUGCUCACAUUGAAUCAGCAAUCUUCAAAUCAUAUGAAGUUAUUGAUACAUACAACGAUUCCGGAAAUGAUUUCUUAGAAUCAAUGGAAGAAGUUGAUGGAUUAGUUGUUGAAGAGCUUAUGCACGAAAUCAGGAGUAAGAGAGACACAAAUUGUUACUUUGGAGGCUUCCCAUACUUCGUUCAGGGUGAAGCUUCUCCUGGCGAGGGUUGGACUUUACUUCUCAACCUCCAGGAUGAUUCUUAUUUCUCUUACAUGUUUGGAGAUGCCGGUACAGCACAAAUUUGGGUCAAUGACUCUGAUCCAACACAAUUCGAUCUCGAAUGGCAGUGUGGUUGA